GUGUGUAACCGCCCCCCGUGAGGCGUCGAUAAAUGUCGUGGUCUCUCCUCGUCCCGUUCCGCUGCUUGAUACUGCAGUGAUACGUCCACUACACAUCGUUCCUUCCCUGUACUGGCCCAGCAACAUCACCGCCCGAGAACCGCUUCUGGUCAUUGCAUCCUGACUGGCCUAGACUUGCACAUCAACCUUCUCCAAAAAAAAAAAUACAAAAAUACACAACUCCCGGCAACGGGCUGGGGGUCCUGGAAGAGCCCCCCCUUCCCUCCGACGCCAUGGCCUCGUCGUCCGUCACCACCUCCUACCUACUCGGCAACCUGCACUGCCCGUCCUGCGUGGCGCUGAUCAAGAGCCUUCUGCAAGAUGUCUACGGUGACAAGGUCUUGUGGGUUUCGCCCAACGUGGUGACUUCCGUGGUCACUGUCGAGCACCAAGAUGCAUCCGCCGACUUCAUUCGCCGCAUGGGCAAAACGCUCGAGGAUGUGGGCUUCGACAUCUGCGCCGUCGACACCACUGCCAGCGUCGCUAGCGACGUCGAGAGCCUCUCCCAAGCCGAGCCAGGAGAAGGUAGCAGAAUCGUGCCGCACCAGCAGAGUUACGGCACUUUUGACAUAUGGUCUCGUCUUUGGCGGAAUAGGACCCCGCCAGUCGAUUCACACGCAUCCAAGGCCGCCGCGCACCUCGAGAACUGCGAGUCUUGCAAGGACGCUGCAGCACAUGGCCAAGACCACCUAUCCGAAGACCGGGUGGACCUCACUCGGAACCUUUCCUUUGCGUCUAGCAUGAAGGACACCGGUAGUGCCGCAUUCGAGGGCGUUGUCGUCGGCGACGAUGGGGCAUCUACCCCUCGACUACGGGCCGCAGUCUCUAUCGGCGGCAUGACAUGCGCCGUCUGCGUCAACACAAUCACCGACGAGAUACAAAAGUACCCUUGGGUUUCCAAGGUUGUCGUCAAUCUUGUCUCGAACAGCGCCACCAUCGAGUUCACCGACCCGAAUCGUACGCAGGACAUCAUUGAUGCCAUCAGCGAUCUCGGCUACGACGCUGUCCUCGAUUCCGUGGUUGAUCUCAACGAGCAAAAAAAGGCUGAGAAUUCGCGAGAGGUGGAGAUCAAGGUUGAUGGCAUAUUUUGCCCUCGUUGCCCCGACCGCAUUUCACAAACUUUGAGAAACCUCGGCAAGUUGCGGGUGGAAGUCCUUAGCGAAGCCUCGAUGCAAGUGCCCAGGGUCCGGAUUCGCUACACCCCGAAUGUCCCAAGCUUCACCAUUCGGCAUAUUCUCCACGCCAUCGAAGCCACGGACCCAUCCCUUCGGGCAUCUAUAUAUCACCCGCCCACGUUGGAGGAACGUUCCAGGGAAAUCCGAGCUCAGCACCAGCGCACCCUGCUUUACCGAGAGAUUCUCACAAUUAUCUUGGCGAUUCCUUCUUUUGUUCUGGGAAUCGUCUACAUGAGCCUGGUGCCUGAUACGGACCAUACCAAGCACUAUCUGAUGAAGCCUUGGGUCUCGGGCUUGAGUCGCCUCGAAAUCAUUCUUUUCGCACUGGCGACCCCCGUCUACUUCUUUGCCGCUGAUGUCUUCCACGUACGGGCCGUCAAGGAGCUGCGGACUUUGUGGCGAGCUAACAGCCGCACGCCCCUUCUCGAGCGCUUCUACAAGUUUGGAAGUAUGAACAUGCUUAUAUCCCUCGGAACAAGCAUUGCCUACAUUUCUUCUGUGGCGCAGAUGAUUGCAGCGGCCGUCGCCAAGGAGAAGAAGGUGCCCGAGGGUAGCUUCUAUUUCGACUCUGUCGUAUUCCUCACCCUGUUCCUCCUUGCAGGCAGGUUGAUCGAGGGAUACAGCAAGUCCAAGACCGGGAGUGCCGUCGAAGAACUGGCUAAGCUUCGGCCCACCACGGCCCUUCUCGUCGACCAGACUGCCAAGGGAGAAUCGGCGACCAAGACAGUUGACGUGGACCAGCUGGAGCACGGCGACCUCAUCAGGGUUCCUCACGGGGCAUCUCCCCCGGCAGACGCGGUCAUUGUGGUCGGUGAGACCAUAUUCGAUGAGUCUAGCCUUACUGGUGAAUCACGCCCGAUCAAGAAGGCUGUCUCCGAGCAAGUCUUCGCCGGAACAAUCAACAAAGGGAACGCUAUUACGGCACGCAUCACGGGGACUUCUGGAAAAUCAAUGCUAGACCAAAUCGUCGAAGUGGUUCGCGAGGGUCAGACGAGACGGGCUCCCGUCGAGCAGAUCGCAGACCUCAUGACAUCGUACUUUGUUCCCGUCAUCACUCUGGUGGCCAUCAUCACUUGGGUUGUCUGGAUGAUACUCGUCUUUACUGGCAAAGUGUCUGACGACGAGCUCGACAACUCUGGGGGCAGAACGGCCUUUGCCUUCCAGUUCGCCAUUGCCGUCUUCGUGGUCGCCUGCCCCUGUGGCUUGGCCCUUGCGGCGCCCACUGCCAUAUUCGUCGGAGGUGGCAUCGCAGCAAAGCACGGCAUCCUCGCGAAGGGCGGUGGUGAGGCGUUCGAGAAGGCUAGCAAGAUUGACUGUGUUGUCUUUGACAAGACUGGUACGCUCACGAUGGGCGGUGAGCCCCAGAUCACCGACUCCAUCAUCUUCCCAGACGGCGCGAUCGAGGGCGUAGAUGAGCAGACGCUCCUGUCAGGGCUCAAGGCGGUCGAAGAAAACAGCAGUCAUCCGAUCGCCAAGGCCAUUGUGGCCUUUUGCGGAGAAAAGAAGGCGGCGUCGGAGUUGGGGCAGGUCGAGGAAAUCCCAGGCAAGGGCAUGAAGGCGACGUACAAGAACAAGGAGCUUGACAUUGCGGUGGGCAACGAGCAUCUGAUGCGAGAUCUCUCGGCUUCACUAUCGGAGAAGGUCAUUGAUUGUCUGCAGGGCUGGAAGGCCGAGGCCAAGUCUGUCGCCCUUGUCGCCAUGAAGCACCAUCAGGACCCAUCAUGGACGAUUGCAGCCAUCCUAUCUAUGGCCGACCCCAUCCGGCCGGAGACGGGUGCGGUCAUCGCGGCGUUGCAGGCAAGGGGCACACAAGUAUGGAUGCUAUCAGGCGACAACGUGACGACGGCGAAGGCCGUGGCUCAGCGCGUGGGCAUCCCCUCGUCCAACGUUCUCGCCGAGGUGCUGCCCUCGGAAAAGGCGGCCAAGAUCACGUACCUCCAGGCAACACUGCACGCCGGUCACUCGCGCUCCAUCCGUCGGCGCCGUCACGGCUACACGACGCGUCGCGCCAUGGUGGCCAUGGUCGGGGACGGCAUCAACGACUCGCCGGCCUUGACGACGGCGGACAUUGGCAUCGCCAUCGGGUCAGGCAGCGACGUGGCCAUCUCGAGCGCCGACUUUGUGCUCGCGACGUCGAGCCUCCCCGCGGUGCUUACACUGCUCGACCUCAGCCGCACCGUGUUUCGCCGCAUCACCACCAACUUUGGCUGGGCCGUCGUCUACAACAUGCUCGCCGUGCCCAUCGCCGCCGGCUGCUUAUACGCCGUGCGGACGGGCUCGGGCGCCCACGUCCGCCUCGACCCGGUGUGGGCGGCCCUGGCCAUGGCCCUGUCGAGCAUCAGCGUCGUCGUCAGCAGCCUGUGCUUGAGGUUGAGGGUGCCCUGGAUCGGGUUUCGGCACACCCCCAUUGCUACGGCUGAGCGGCCGCAAGGCUGCUGAGGCCUCGGCGGCGGCUUGCGUCUUUGACGAAGAUGAAGUGGAUGAUGGUGGCGUGCAUGUCGCCGCCAGCCACGGCCAGAUCAGGCAUACUGCUGAUAUUUUGGUCGCGGGCCGUGACGUCUUGCUUCCUUUUUUGUUUUUCAUUAAAUCAUUCAGCCCAUGCAGUCGGCGCGUUUGUUGGCUGCCAGUCGGUCGGUCAGCCGUGAUGACCAUCAGCGUUGCGAAAGGAAAACAAGAGUUGAUAGUCGAUACCCUAGCAUAGAUAAUUCUAGUUGUCAUCAUUACUG